AACAAUUGAAAAUGGAUGCUACAGGAAUUUUAACACAAAAUGUGGAUAAAACACAGCUACCACCAUUGCACCAGAAACGUGUGUUGGCAUUUGUAAAUCAUUUUCUUAUAAGCUCUUGCGGUUUCCUAAAUGAUUUUGCUGUGCAAUGUGAAACCAAAUUCAUCGAAUUGGAACGCAAAUUACAAAAAGUAGAGGCGGCCUUAACAAUUAUAGAAGCUAAAUUGGCUUCUAUACCGGAUGUGGAAAAAGAUACUACCCCUACAGCAUCUGUAAAAGAAAACAACAAAGACACAUCUGGUGAAACAACUGUUGAAGCCGAGCCUACUCCAGAACAACAACAAGUUGAUAGUAUUAAGGGCAUUAAGGUCACGGAACAUGAAUCUUAUAAGAAGUUCUUUAAAAUGCUGCAAGUUGGUGUGCCGCUACAGGCCAUUAAAAUAAAAAUGCAGGUUGAAGGUUUAGACUGUAAUAUGCUGGAUAAUCCAAAUGCCAUCAUUCCUUUUGAAACUAAUCUAAGUGAAGAAAGUUGAUAUUUAACAAUUGACUGCCGUUUAGCUGUGAUUAUCAUAAAUCCUUUAUUACCACAUCCAAUAAGUUGUAAAGUAUUUAAUGCGAUAAUUUUUGUAAGUAAAAAUAUAAUAAAAAUCAAGUAAUAAUUAUGUAAAUAAACUAAUUUCGUUUUUUGAACUUUU